AGCAAACUCUUAUUAUAUAUUCACUCUCUUCUUUCUGUAUAUAUACCUCGUUUUCCCCAGAUUUCCGAGUAGUACGUAACACUCGGUGGUGCAAUAAAAUUCCCAAUCCAUUCCAGAAGGUUAACUUUUUUCCAUUCAACUUUUCCACCAUGGGAGGAGGAGCAGCUAUGAGAGCCGCUUCCAAGGUCGCCGGAGUUGGGGCAGGCGUCAUCCAUCACGGUGGUCUACGCGGCGCCACGGUCGUUCCGCCUGUCGAGCAAUCCGUACGCAAUCCUUCGAUUCCCGUCUCCGCAAUCCUUACGUCGUCGUCUCAGACAGCCAAGGCUACGGCGGCUGAUGUUGCGGGGAUCCAGAGGCAGGUGUGGGAGAUAAAUGAUUGGGAGUUCGCCGGUGGCGAGGAUGAUAUGGUUAUGGGGCCAGGUGAACCUUUGCCGAGGGUUGUGUUUGAUGCGGUCCCUAGCUUCCAGGAAGCUAAGGAGGCCACCGUUGAAUUGAAAGACGCUUUAGAUAAGGUAUAUCUGUCCUCGCCCAAGUCCUCUGGAUCUGAGGAACUAGCUGCUAGAGAUCAGAUGUCUGGUCUAUCUCUGUUUUCAAAUCCUGACCUGGAGACUAAAUCUUGUCUUGUUGUUGACACUGUUAGAAGUCCUACUGUACCGAAUCAUGCUUUCAAGGCCUUUAAGCUUCUAAGUACAAGCCCUGAAGCACAGAAUGUUGUAGCCUCCAUUGCCUCUGACCGCAAUGUCUGGAAUGCCGUGUUGCAAAAUCCUGUGCUGAAAGAUUUCAUGGACUCUAACCAGUCCAUUGCUGAGUUUCAGGAACCAGUUUUUGCUGAGAGUUUUGAGAAUUCCUCUGAUUGGAGCGAGGCUGCAAAGGGUGGGAAUUGGUUGAUGGGCGUCCUGAAGAACGUCAAGCUUAGUGUGACUGAGAUGGUUAGCAACCUUUCCGGUUAUUUUCAGAGCAUAUUUGGACCUUCUCCAGAUACCAAGGGAGACGCCAAAGCAACUUUUGUGGAUAUGAGCCUUGGAGCAUCCUUUAUGGGAUUGGCAACCCUGGCUGUCAUGGUGAUUUUGCUGAGACGUAUUUAGAGUCUGCUGAGUCUGUUUUGUUUAAAAAUUUGUCGAAUUUACCUAUAAUAUAAGUGGUAUCUUGUGGAUGGUUGUUGUUUUAAAAAGGAUUUUUAUUAUGAUAUUUUGAAACGUAUCCAUAAGCUUUUGAAGAAAUGUAUAGCCUUGGAUUGUGUCAUUACUCUGAUUAUGUCUGUCCAGGAAUUAGUUUACUAUAGCAAUCAGCUCUUUUGCUUGUAUUGAAGAUGGUAUGAUACACUUGUAUACUAAUGCGUACUUAUUUACAGAAACUGAUUCUGGUUUGAGGA